GAGGUUGUGUUAGCCAAAUAUUAGACAAAAUCGUAAAAAAUGUCCGAAUCCGAUGAAAUCAUUAACCCAAAUGAGAAUCUCAUCAUUCCCGACUGGAUCAAUGAGAAGUACUUCGAAGGGGUACUGGCCAAGGACGAGCCGAAUCAUGCCAAAAUAUUGAAGUUCACCGUUGUGGCGGCCAUUCCGCCAGGCGAGAAUUUCACCUCCACUAUGUUGAGGAUCUACAUAAAAUUGGAAAUGAAAGAUGGCAGCGUCAAGACCAAAACCUAUAUUUUCAAGACGAUGCUGCCCGAGGAGCGUGGUGGCAGCGACAUCAACGAGUUUGGACUUUUCCCCAAGGAGGCCAAAAUGUACGAAACGUACCUUCCGGCUUUCGAGGCUCUGUACAAGGAUGCCGGUUGGGAUAUCCAGCUGGCACCCAAGUGCCUGCACACUGAGGAGCGUGAAGGCGAUAUCCAUUUCAUAUUCGAAGACCUGCGUGUGAAGAAAUUCAAGAACGUUGAUCGCACCAAGGGACUGGACAUGGAGCACAUGACACACGCUCUGCACAAGCUGGCCGAGUAUCAUGCAGCAAGCGCUGUCUAUGAGGAGCAACAUGGUCCCUAUCCCAGUGAGUUCAAUGAGGGAUUCGUGAAAAAGGAUGUAAAAAAGUUCCAUUUGGAUGGGUUCAAAAUCAAGGAGAAGGCCUACAAGAAGGCAAUUCUUUCGUGGGGCAUGAAGGAUGCAGAAAAAUACGCCAAGGCGUUUCCCACUGGUGAACAGUAUUGGGCCCAAUGUCUAAGCACUUUGGAGCUAAAUCCCGAUGAUUUUCAUGUUCUUAACCACGGCGACUUCUGGUCGAGCAAUCUGAUGAGCAGCUAUCUGCCAGACGGAAGCAUCGAUAAGCUAAUCCUUAUAGACUUCCAGAUUGUCACGUGGGGAAGUCCAGCUAUUGACCUGCUCUUCUUCCUCACCCUCUCCCCCGCCAAAGAACUGCGAAUCAAGGAGUUCGAGCAUUUUGUAAGGAUCUACUGGGAACGUCUUGUCGAGUGCUUAAAGGUUUUGAAACUAAAGAAACCUUUGCCAAAGCUACGCGAUCUGCAAAGCUCGUUAAACAAUAAGAACCAUUCGUUCUAUGCUUUCUUCAGCUUGUUGAAUCACCUGCCCAUCAUUCUCUUCCCCACCGAUAAGGACAGCAACCUGCACAACAUGACCGCUGAAACGGAGGAGGGUGAAAAUCUUCGAGAAUGUUUGCUUUCCAAUCCCGCCUUCGGAGACGUUAUGAAGGAUCUCUAUCCCUUUUUGUAUAACCGAGGAAUUUUGAACUUUGAAGACUAUGAUGUGUGAAAUUUUAAUAGGCAUUAAAUUGUUGAUAAGUAUUACGAAAUCAAUUGUAUCUUGGAGUGUCGAACAAGUGUGUAGCUUAUCAGUAAGACUGUUGGCUUCAGUCAAGUUGAUGAUUUUAUGACGAUGAUGUUUUAAAAGUAAAAUACAAAAGUUUUAGGAAUGACAAUUCGUUUUAAUUUUUAUUAUGUAAUCUGAAACUUCUGCAAAUGUUCUAGCCAUCAUAUGUACAUAAAGAAUUUUAUUACAUUGAUAAAA